GUUGAUUCUGCCUAUCAAACAAGAGCUUAUACAUAGAGCUUCUGUCCCCGACAGAAAAGCCACUAGCGAAGAGAGAACGAUGACCCACAAGAGUAACUUCUACUGAGGGAAAGACAAUCUCAGAACCUGCAAGUCAAUUGACAUCAUCGAAAGUCCCAAAGUGGGCCUCAAAAUAGAACAAAAAGCUUCCUCAACACUAAGACGAAUCUCAAAAUGGACCAUCCACUAAGAUGAAUCUCAAAAUGGACAAAAAUGUGCGCAAAAAACGUGGUGAAAACUGGGCAAAAAAAUGCCAAAACCUGAAAGAGAAAGCGAACCAAUGAAGUUUGAAGUUGAACGACUCGACCCACAAGACCAACUCAAUCGAAUUCUGAAAUUUAGGGGGAGCGAUUCAGGAGCGAAUUUUCAUGAUGGUAGUGACGCCAGCCUCUGUAACUUGAACUUUCUUUUUCAUCAUUGAUGAGUGAGUCGUGGAAUAUGAGUGGAAAUCGAUGCUGCUAGUUUUUUCUUAUCGUUUUUAUCACGACCUUUUUCAAAAACAAGAGCAUGUCCAGCAACGAUCGAAAAUCACAAAAUGACGAGGACCGCAGAGUAUGAAUAGGGAGACAACAAGAAGAUGACUCUCUAUUCCCUAGAGAAUUUUGCGCAAGUCCUGGAGGAGGAGUUAGAGAAGCUACCGUUUGUUGACAAUUCUCGGAUACCACGUGCUGCAGGAGCCAAUGCGAACUCUGCGGGUACUCAAUUCUGCACUUUGAGGCUUCUCAGACUCGUCACCUCAUUAGCUACUCGUCCUAUGUUUCAAUUUCAAGCAGUUUCGUCAGGAAGAGCAGUGGCGGAGGAAAACAGUUCAAUACCGCGUGAAAAUGCCAUUACGUUCUUGAUACAAAAUAUAUCACUCGAAAAAUUUCAAUGGUACCCACAAGAAUUAUAUCUAUUUCAUCAGCCGGUUCACCAACCUCCCCGCGUGCGGGGAGCCCACAGCUUCCAGGGUCUGCAUCGAUGCAUGACCUCGCAAGAGAGGAACGAGCGUUGCAGGACUACAUGGCCUCAACGAGUGUCUCUGGACCAAGUGCAGGGACGCCAGGCCUUCAGGGAAUGCAGAGACCCACUGUUCGCGCACAGCAUGGGAGUAAAAACACGCGGUACCCGGAAGGGUUCAAUCCCUAUUGUUAUGGAUGAGAGAGAAACUUAAAGGUAAAGGGUAUCAGCUGUCCCUAUGUAUUGUUAGGUGUCAAUGAGCAGACGAGAAGGAGAAAGAGAGUUCAACGAUCCCUUUGAAAGGCUCGGUCUCUUUUGCAUCCACUUCUCUCUCUAACCCCUCCCCCACAAGGCGGGUUCGGGUAGGGCGUGCUCGCAUUCGCCGAUGCCACACUCGCGGUCAAGUGCCAGCCCAGGCAACCCUGGACGGCGGACUAGAGUACCUGUGAAACCGAUCAUAGUUAAGAAUGGGCUUAGGUUUUUAGUAUCCCAUCCCCAGUCGUGUUCAGCAUAUGUCAUGCGGGAGCACUGUUGAAUGCUCACAGGAAAAGGAGGUUUUCGUGAGAAUGGCACUCGUUGUUAACUCAAUGCUAAUGUACGAGUGCGAACAGGGAAAUGUGGCAAAAAACUCUUAGCUCUAAGAAAAUGCCACCAAUGAAGGCCACGCAUGCAGAUGUCGUGCUGAUGCGUGGCUACGUCUCAAGGAUGAUGAAAAAGCUGCGAGAAGGCCUGCGAUUGCAAGAGAGGGAUAGUUUGAUGUUAAGGGCUGUUUUCUAUAUCACACUAAAGCAUGAGCAUGGUCGUCUUCGGAAGAAACUUUCACUUUGAUUGAAUCAACAUCGAUUCUUAACACUGAACCGAUUCCUUCUAACAAGGCGCGAGCAAAAGAGAGAGCUGGACACAUUGAUCGUUCGGUUCGAGGAAAAGGAAAAAGCAAAGGAAGGCGAAUGGCUUGAGCAACGUGCUCACCUGGAAUCACAAAUCGACGAUAUGGCAGGCGCUAUCGAUUUGUCGCAGAGACUCUUAUGGCAGGAGAUGCUCAACAAUGUGUCAUGUCAGAGACCACUGUUAAAUAUCAGACAAAUUCAAAAUGAAAUGAUUUUCAGCAUGUAAUUUCACGAAUAUCACGAUUUUUUCUGGUUCCUCCUGAAUUCUACAGAAGAUUCAACCACUCCUUCUAUGGGUUGAAUCUUCUGUAGGUAUGACCAGCAUUUUUUCUAUUUGCUUCCGCCCUCGACGUCGUGGUCCUCUCCUCUUUCAUACUCCCUCAGCAAGCACCAGACCUGGAUGCAGACGAAGCUAGGUGCCUUGUUAGGCGUGUCGCAAGGCGAGAACUUAGUCCGGUCUGCCUUUGCCGGUUGGAAAGAUGUCACGAUGUCUGUGAAGCACGAACUAUUCGCGCUUCAAAUCGCGAAGACGGUUCAUGAGGCGAAUAAGCAUAGAUUUCGCGCAGCAUGCUUGUUUUUUGGGCGUAAUCACAAGAAUGUCUUUUUGCACGCUUGGCGAAGAUACGUCGAUGGGGAGAAAAAAGCGCGAGCUUUGCUGUGGUGUGUGAAUUAUGGCCUGCGAAGCUGACCCUGACGAGAUUCUUGUAGUUUUAAGUAUCUAUACUUAGUUCCUUGGUCGUGCCGGUGGGGCUCGAUGUGCAGGAACCAUAACCUAACCUAACCAUUUAGUAGACCGGUAUGGCGGGCCUGAUAAUGAACGACUUACAUACCAGACUCCUCCAUAUAAUAUGCUUAAAAAGACCUCCUAUCAUCAUCUAACGGCCUCAAGCUAAAGUGAAGAUGCAAGGAGCCUACAACAAGGAGGAUCGCCAGACGUUGCUGGUUAUUUUCAAGCUGUGGAAAGCGGAUACCGACAAGGAGUUGAUUAUAAGCGCGAAUGAGCAGGAGAAAUUGAACAAUAGACUCUUAGCAGAUAAGGAGAAGCUCGAGAGAGUGCAGAAAAGCAUGAGUAUUUUCAUAUUUAAUGGCUGUCAUUUGUAGAUUUGUGGCCGAAUGUACGGUCUUAUGCGCUCCCAGUAUGUACUUUGGAUGACAAGAAUAGUUGACCAUGUUAAUUGAUUGUUUGGAAGGGUGGUGGCAUAUAGUCCUAUCGCAAACAAAAAAAAAAAUCUACGGUGAUCAAGAACGAUCAUAACAGGGCGGGCACACACAUGACAUAUUGCUGUCGACGCCAUUUUUCUCACAGGCCUCCCUGCAGUACUUGUACGCGACAUGCACGCUCAACAACCACAUUGACAUCUUGUCCUUGACGUCGUCAUAUUCUCACAGGUAACCUCGCCAUGCGUAACCAAGCGAAGGGUGCGGAGGCUGACGCCGGUCUGUUGAGUUGGAUGUUUCAGUGCUGGGAGAAAGAGUUGAGAAAAAGGAAGGAUGCGGAAAAAGUCGCCUGGGAAAGGUGGAACUUGAGGAUAAAGAUGAAGCGGCAACACAUCAAGACCUUUAUCGUGAAGGCGUGGGGAGAAGGACUCGAAGCAUUGAGACGAGAAACGAGAAUGGAUUAUGAAGAUCAAGAUCAUGUUGAUGUUUUUAGAGUCCUCGCAUUUGGAUUGGUACGCAGUUCUAACCCGUUUUUUAUCCACUUGUCCGAGCUACGAAUUUUUCGCAUAAUACUUGAUAAUGAAACAAUUGACAGCUGCAUCCUCUUGCGUCGCACUCAGUCAUGCUGAGAUCAUUCUCUAACGCAAGGAGUGGAAUAACAGACUUGUGAAGAGAUUCCAGAAAGACAUACAUCGAGAGCAAAGGCGUGAUCUCUUCGACGCGUGGAAUGAGGGCAUACGAGUACAAAGAGAAGAGGAGCGGGAGGCUUUGCGGUAUUGAUGUUGGCAGCUAUUUCUUCUUGUUCUGGUAGGAUUGGUUUUGCGUUCACAGUGAACGGCUCACUCAGGUCUGUAGUUGUCCUUGUCGGUCUCUAGUCAUUUUUGAGGCUUAUCCUUCCUGACGUAGACGUUACUUAAGUUAACAAUACUCUUUCAUUCAGCCACAACAUCACAGGCAACGACAAGAAGCUCUGAGUAAGCGCCAGCAAGAGCUAGCUGCACAAGGCCUGGCGAUGGGCGAGAAGGCUAAAGAAAAUGCGCUCCAAAAAUGGGAAGGACGGGCAGUAAAACAGAGGUUUUUUUAUGGCAAGAGCUGACUUUUUUAUUCAGGACCUUUCACCUACUUGCAGCUACUACUACUGCCUGCUUUGUAAGCUAGUACUUUAUAAAGUCAGAGUAGUAGAUACACAUAUAGAACUAGAAGACUCGUCUCUUUUCUUCAACCUAAGAUGUUUAAUGCGUCCUCCUCUAACUCCCUAUCGCCUGGCGCGUCCAGUGGGAAAAGCUAGGCCUCCGAAACCGUGCCAUUCAGCAAAUAGCUGCUCGGAGCCAGGCUAAGAUGCGGCUCAUGGUCACCUUUACCGCGUGGCGGACAUACACACGUGAAAUCCAGGAGAAAAACGCGAUACAGGCGACGCAUCUUGAGUACAAGCAGCAAACUGCGGCAAGACUCUUCUCGUUCAUUGGUGGCACAGCAGCCAAGACAACAGGGGAGAAGGAUCAGAAGGUCAAGGCCAUGACAAUGAAGAAAUGGAAAGAACGAGUGGUGAAGAAUUUGAAGAUACGAAGACUUAAGGCUUACAACCCUAACCCUAAGCCAUUCAUCUGAAGCACCUUGGAACUGCAGCAACUGUCCCAUAUCAUGUGUUAACAUCAAGGGCGAAGCACCUAGUACAAGAUAAACGUAAAAAACCACCCCAAGAUAAAUUAUAUGAUGGGUUUGGGGUAGCUCUAAAAGACGCGUCGCUUUUUUCGCCGACAGGUGUAAGGAAGAUUUCUUCCUUGUCUGGCGUGGCUUUGUUUUGAGGAGCAAUAUCGAGUAUUACACUCGCGGUGAAUUAGUCGCAGAGCGCGUCGCUGCCGACCGGAUAAGGUCGAAAGCUGCACAGUGCUUUAAGCUCUGGAAGAUGUCCUAUGUGCAGAAAAAUAGAAUGCGAAGGAGGUUCACCGAGCAUAAAGAAUGGUUCCACGACCGCUGGAAGCAGACUGUGAGUCUGAGGCAUGCGUUCUCGAUGUGGCGAUUUACCAAAUGCUGGAACGGGCAGUUGAGAGCAGCGAAAGUUAAGGGUUUUGUUGUUAUUCGUUGCUACUUUCUUGAUUGAUAUUGAUUUGAAGGAACAGUCAUCUACUAGGUUUUUCUUUUCAUCAUGGUGACACACAUCCUUGCGUGGAAGCAGUACUACACAAUUUUCACAGAUCACAUGUUUAUUAUUUUGGAUGUCAUUUUCUUGCUCAGCCAGCUCAAUAUGAUCAUUUGAAUUUUUUCUCUAACCCCCACGCGGCCAACCUCUCGCAGAACGGCGUAAAACACCUAAGAACAAGACGAGGGUUCCAGACGAAGCUCAAAGUUUUCAAGGAGUGGAGUGCGGAAAUAGUCCUGGAACGAGCUCGAAGGGAACUCAACAAUUUCCAUGGCGAACGGAUGCAAAUGAUGAUGAACAAAGUAGUGGCAGACAUGGCAUUCUUGAGUGGGCCAAAUAGAUGCUUUGCAGAAUGGAAAAAGCUGACGAAGGAGGGAAAAACGCAAGCGGAAAUGGUAUUAAUAUCUCCAUCGUAAAUGUCUGAACUACUUAUUCUUGUUCGACGUAGAAUCCCUCAUCCCUCACGUCAUCGUCAUCGUCAUUGUCUGACUGAAUUCAUCAUCACCACUAAACAGGUCGACCAUCUGUACAACCUCUGGCGCGGACAGCGCGAGAAGAAGCGAUUACAACAAGCGGUGAGGGCUUGGCGUGAGUACUCCAUGUCUGAAAAUAUGGACAAGAUGCGAGGCGAAGGCAUGGGACAUCUCGAGAAAAUGAACGCCGAGCAUCAAAUCUUCCGCAUUUCCUUCCGAUGGGAGAAACUAGUUCAAACCUUGCUCGAUAGAAACGGCGACGCUUUGCUGAAGAUGAUAACGCAACAGACUGGCGAGAUGAAGCUCAAAAUGGCGGAGACGAAGUAUGACAUGGCGCAAGCGAAAAUCGAGGUUUUGCAGGGCAACUUGGCCAAGAUUGUCGCUUGUGCUCAGGAUUUGGGAUCCUGGUACUGCACGAGGGAUAGCAAUUAUGGCCUUGGGCCUGUUACUUUUAGAUUUAGACCUCUCUCGACCAAAAAGCGCAACUCAACAAAGCAAAAACCCAGACACAGUCUUAACAAGACUUGACACGUCCAGCUUUGUCGAGAGAACCAACUUUCCUGAAGACAAUCCAAUUUUUGACUAAUCUAUCUUCUAAUCAAAAGCAGCCCAUUUCCAGGCUUGGCGCAGUAAGGUAAUCGAGGAAACGGGGCGAAGGAAUCAGGAGAAUUUCCAGAAAAAGCUGGACAAUUACAUGAAAGCGCAGUCAAAGAGUCAGAGCAACGUCAUGACACUAGUGAAUUAUCAUAGUCGAGCGGGUUGUCUCCAGAAGUGUUGGCGAAUUUGGCUAGAAUGUGUCAAGGACGGGUAUCACGAGAAAGAAAUCACCGACAAAAACAUGCAACUCCUGCAGGAAAAUUAAGGAAUUGUGACUGUGUAUUAAGAAAAUCGUAAUAUUAUAAAUGUUUUAAAUAAAGGUCUAUCAUUCGAGGUCUUAGAAUAUGGUAGCUGCAACGCGAGUAAAUUAAUUAUAUCACUUAUGCCGGUCCACGUGCUGCAGCAUGAUCUUCAUCUCUCCUGUAGAAUAUCACUUAUGCCGGUCCACGUGCUGCAGCAUGAUCUUCAUCUCUCCUGUAGAAUAUCACUUAUGCUGGUCCACGUGCUGCAGCAUGAUCUUCAUCUCUCCUGUAGAAUGAACAACCUACCCCUCUAAAAAAUGCAAGGCCGUAUCCGAAAGAUGUUUUUCGCCAUGGGGGCACAGGAUUCGAAGCUUCUAAAGGGCGAUCUCUUCAAAUGCUGGCAGGACUGGAUUAAAAAAGAGCGCAAGGUACGCGCCAUAGAACGCUACGUCUCGAAUCAUUUAGAGCGAAAUCGCAUCCGGAAACAUCUGGACCUCUGGGCAGCCUCAGUCUUCGAUAUCAAAGGCAAUCGCUUCAUGGAGAACAGGAAACACGAUUACAAUUAAGACUUCCGGGAAUCCAUCUUCCGGGAAUCCAUUCUUGGGGCACCUCUUUAAGGGAAAAACAGGCCCAAGAUGACUCUCAGGAUGGACUCCCGGAUGAAACUCUAAUACAAGUUCUCCCUCAGUUGUCUGGUUCGCAAGAACAGUGGCAUUCAGAACCGCUAUUUGCUGCUCAUUGUUUGGCGUGCGUGGAUGUUUUAUCAUUCCAGAAUGCAAGAUAUUCGGAGCGGCAACGUGGACCGCAUCGUAAAAGAAGCAAGGGAUCUUAGAGACCGCAACUGGAUUGCGCGUUACCUGCAUCAUCAAGGGUUAGACGCAAGCCAAAUUAGGUCUCAGUACUUCACAGAAUUGCAUCGAUUGCGUGACGGUACCGAUGUGCAUGUGUCGCAUAGUGGUGUAGAGUUCAAGCGCAGCUCACCGGUCGACCGGGACUUCUUCGUAGAAAGACGUCGGAAUAGGAUUCGAGAACAAGACGAGCCUGGCAGAUACUAUGCAGAAAUGUGGAAUGAAGAGACGGCGAUGUCACCGAGUCGGAGUGGGCGGAGAGGUGAUAGUGUUAUUAAGGCCUCCUCCUCAAAUUGAAAUUCGGAUUCAUCUUCAGAACAAGCGUUUUGUUUGAAGAAGUUUUCUAAAAAGGCGAAAAUACGUCAAAAAUGACUCUAUUCUUUCAAGAUGAAAACGUUGAGUCAGUAAGAUCUAAGAGUGGCGUGGUCAAAGCUGGUGGGAACAGUGCAACGCGUGUCACCAGUGUGGGGCGUGAGAUGCCUUACAGGAUCCACGUGGUUCCGCCACCUGGAGAGGCAGCACACUACCGCAACGUCCUCUCCACAGAGCGCGCAAAUGCGCUAUUUGUGCAGAAUAGUGCACCUUCAUCUAGUAGUUCUUCAGGCGGAAGAUACAACCAGCAGCAUGCUGCACCAAGUGAUGACGAGCACCGUUCCUCUAGAGGGAGGUCUAACAGUCGGUCUCGCGAAGUUCGGUUUGAGGAUCAAGACCGUGCGCACCAAGCUAUCAUGGCUGGGCACUCGCCUUCGCGUGUGCGGUCGCGCAGUAGAGAGGUGCCGGAUUUGAAUGGAGACGACGAUUUCUACAUAGACCAAUUCGGCUACCAUCAUGCGGGUCGUAGUUUGUCCGCUCGUCGUUCGCUGCCGAUCAAUAGAUGGUACGAGGACUACGACAGGCGGCGAAGCAUCAAACUAGACGUGGAGAAGAGACUGGCAUUGGCAGCAGUAGAUUCCCGCUACGACCACGGAGGACGAUUCGACUACCUACUCGAUCUGCACGAACUGGAGGGUCUACAGUACUUGUUUGACUCGCAUCCGAGCAGUUGCGGAGGUUGGGACGUCACUUUGGCUCUGCUGAAACGCCUCCUGAUGUCCAUGAGCGUCGUACGAGUGUUCAAGGGCGAACUGAAAGCAGCAAGGUACAAAGCGAGAAAUGACAACAUGCUAUUGGUGUUAGGUUUUCACGCGUUUCGGAAGACUCUGAGCUAUCAGGCAGCCGCUCAGACCGAGGUGAGCGGCGAAGUCAGGGGAGUGGAGGAAGUGCGAGACAGCGUGGUUCAGACUGGGCCCAUGGACAAAGACGUGGAGAUCGUAUUUAUGCCACAACCACCCAGCUCACGAUACAUAGGCGGCUCCGCCAUAGCGGAACAGCAGUACAACAGGGACAAGGCCUAUCUAAAGGAGAUCCGUACCUAUCUGGGCUACGUGGCGGACGAGCUGUCACACCGCUUGCGCAUAGCGGCUUCAGUCUCAGGAUCCGCACCACAGACAUCUUUGACCACUGCAACCAAUAUCUUAACUUGGUUGUCGCAUCUAGUAGAGAAGUUCCGACAUCCUGACACUCUAGGAGAAGCGUUUGGCUCUAGCCGCUACAGCUUGUAUCCGAGUGGGGACUCGGUGCAACUGCGCAACACGGAUUCAGUCUUGAGGAGUAGUGCGAACAGUGAGCAACAGUUGCGAGACAUCGUCUACAGCAACCAACCAGCAGGCAUCGGGCAAAACCACAGUUACUCCGCCAGUGGGCCUCAGUACCAGAGUGCAAGAGGAACCAAUAGUGCUUCUUCGCCGCAUACCAUUGUGGGUCCUGUCGGCUCCAUCGGCCUCGGGCUUCCGCCUAACGCCUCUGCCGCAAACGUCGUGAAUGCCAUGACCUCUCCAAGAGGUGGGCCGAUGAUAAACGUGCGUCCUGGAGACAGGUUGAGGCCGGCGAGCCCCAGAGCAAUCAAUCCGGAAGGUAUGAUUAUGAGGCUCAGGAUGAGAGAGGUUGUCGUGAUCGCGCUUAGCACUUAAUCUUAGAUUUAGAAGGUGCAGUAGAGGAAAGAUAUCUACUUAGAUAGAGAUAGUAGAAGCAGAAGAAGAUGCUUAAUAGACUUAGAAAGUGAUCUCACAAUUUUUGAAUUACAACUUGCCAUUUUCAUCUACUAACCAAGCCAGCCUAGCUUACAAGCCAUUCAAGUCUACUUCGAAAGAGUGGCAACGCGACGUCGAUCACCUGAUACGAAAGGCAAAUUCCAAAGACACCAAUGAACAUGUCGGCGUCAUCAGCUCAAGUACAGCAGCUUUGUUGAACAGCAUUCCAGGACCUGGAGGAAGUACAUCCUCGAAGAACACAAAAUGUUGGACAACCUCUUCCUACGACGCGGUUGCGUCAACCUUGCCGAAGUACAGCAGUACCCUGAGGCAGGGAAGAGGAACAAGUAAUGGCGGAUCGGUUGCAGCAUCGGGAUCCGGUGCAGCAGGGCCAUACAAUUACUUAAACUACAAGACGCAGAACCAGCUUGACACGGAGGCUGAGCAAUAUCGCAAUGACAUCACAGCAGCUUUGGCGCAGCAACGAGCAACCACCAAGAAUCCUAGAGAACUCCUUGGUCUCACAGUCACGUCUGAAGCGAACACAGCGUCGACUAUGUUGCAGCGUGCUGCGGCAGGAGGAGGACCGGGUGGUGGCUCUUCGUCAUCCGGUGCUGGAAGAGAUAGAGACAACUCGACAGGCGACAGCGGAGGUUUUCUGCGGUCUUCAAAUUGGACGUCGAAAGCCAUCUCGACACCCGAAGACGACCGACUAACUUCUGAGUUUGACGCGUCUAGCAGGAACUUGUUGAAAGUCUCUUCAGCAGCAGGGCCAGGAAGUAGCUCGUCUUCGAGUAGUUCCUUUGCCCCAGGACCUCGCACUUCACUUGUAGCAGACUAUGGCUUCGACUCCAAAAACGCAGGCUCGAAGAAUGUCACCUUUGCUCUCACCGAUAUCGGAGGACCAAGCGGAAAGAACAGCACGACAUCUGCUAGUCCUAGUGCACCGAGUCUCUCCCCUCAACGAGUUCUAUCCCCUCCCACGGUCGGUCCUAGACAGCGGUCUCGAUCUCCAUCAACUGGGUUAGAGCCUUUAAACACUCGAGCAGCUGUGGCAACAAGGGGAUCAUCCUUUUCCCCAUUGGGUGGGAGAGCAGACAGCAUGAACAUUGGUCAAUCCCUACGACCUGGCAGGAUGCUAGGACUUGGAGGUGGACUUGGCAGUGCUGGUGGAAGUUCUUCUGCUAAAAAUAGUCCAUCAUCAGGAAGUAGAGGUCUGACUACAACAUCUUCUAGCAGUACUUCCAACGCGACGACGAGUCACAUUCCAACAAUCAUGAUCAAUAAUAUGCCAGUGCUGGAACCGGGAGUCAAAACAAGCAGUAGGUCGCCAAAUAGCAGUGCUGUGCCCUCGCCAAGGGCCAGUGAUUAACGGGGAGGAGGAGGAGGAGGGGAUCAUGAGGUUGCUGGUCGUGGUUCCCAAGGAAAGUAGUUGCGAGCACGGGCACCUGGGUGUGGCUACUCGUCUAAGAACUGCGAAUGCUUUUCUGUCGAACUACAACUACGAUAACGAUUGUUAUGAGAAAAAUAGAAAUACAUUCCAGCACUUGAUGUAACCCGAAAAUGGACUAAGAAUCAAUGAACAAAUUCGAGUUUGAUAGCUCUACGAUUACAUCUAUGGAUCUUCAUUGGAUGAGCUUUGAAGUAUAUUCCUCUGCUAAUGUUUUCGUUAUUAUUUGAUUUGCGCCUCCCAGUGCGUCACCUCCCAUAAAAACAAAGUGGCCCCACCUAGACUACAAAAGACUCAUGCUGUAUCCUUUGAUGAGACUCGCUUUCCUUGCCGCGUUGCUUGGGUCCUUUGAUAUUGAUGUCUGCAAAACGUUCAAGAAUCACAAGCAACUACCCUUACUUCGUACUUCGUUUUCGCAUUCUUUCUUGUAUGAUGAUUACAUUGUAACUGAAUCUGACGUGAAUCAAUUACCAAGACAAUCACUUGAACUGUUGUAAAGUAUUCAGAAGUAGCAGAACCAUUACAAUGAACUAUUCCGCAGUAUUUUCAGAUACAUGACUAGGUAUUUAAGAAAAGACAAGUACGAAACUUUGUGCAUGAUUGGUUUUUCGCGCUCACUUGCGAUGAAGUGUACUUUUCUGCGCAGUUGUGCACUAGAUGAUCUACUUUUGAGCUUGUUCGUUGUGUUACACUUAGACGAGUCGUAUCAUCUACCUAUGUCGAAUAGCAUGAAUAGCAGCGAACUUUUUACACCAGUCUGUACUAGCAUCAACCUCUCAUAAUCUCCGUUAUUUUCCUAGCUACGCAGAUCUUUCAAUAUCUCAAUCCAUUUUUAUGUACUCUUUUUCAACACGAGGGAGCGGCGACGACGACUGACUCUAGAUUAUUUUGAUGAAAAUUUGACUAGCAUCAUGAGAAAAUAACAAUAAGAAUACAAUAAGAAUAAGCAACAUUCCACAAGACGAGUUUGAAGACUAUGACAAUGAGCUUGCGCCUACCUAUGUCAUGCAAUAAUGAACAGUUUCUUGACCUAGUUUCUUGUUCUAGUCUCGAAAACUGAAAAUAACCGAGUUACUAACUGAAAUAAGGGAGGUAGCUUAAGGUCAAGGCUACUCUUCCUUCUUCAGGCUUAACUGUGCUUAUUUCAAGUAGUUACUCGGUUAUUUCAGUUUU